GGGCUCAAACAGGGGCAUUAAGAAUAAAAUAGCAUGUUCAGGUUCAUAUUUGAAAAAACUUGUAGACUAUCAACUAUAAUGCUUGAAUACAAAGUCCUCCCAUGUAUUAAUGGUUCUUCUACUUCAAAAUUGGUGGUCAGCAUUUAAUGGGUAACUUUGGUGAUCGUAAUUGCUCUAUAUUUCAACAAAUAACAUCUCCCUAUCUAGUAAAUGCAUGGUCAACACAAACCCAGUUUUAGAGCUUAAUAUGAAGCAUCUGCAUUAGAGAAUUAGAUGCAAAAAAUGAGGCGAUUUCCAUUGGAGUUGGUUUUGGUUUCUAUAUGAGCGUCUGAGAGAGUAAAUUUUCCAUUGUUUCUAUUAUUUUGCUUAAUUUUCAAGAUCUUUUUCACCAAACAAUAGUCUUUAAAUAUUAUAGAUUUAAAAUAAAACAUAUAGUUGUUGUUAAGAUUUACUGUAUGACAUUUCUCAGACCCAUCUAUGUUCCUUGUGCUAUCUUGUAUGAAAUGUUUCCAAUGACUGGGAGAAAUUUAUUAUGCCAUCCUGUAUGCAAAAGUCGAUACUACCAGGAUCAACUAAAUUGUAACAGAUAUGUUAGUUGAAGAUUAGUUAUGAAAAGAAAAUGACAGAAUAAUUUAAUUGUUACGAAUUCUUUAAGCUAACCAAUGAUAUUGUCUAAAAUUCAUGACUGGGGACUUGAAUUCGGAUAUUUUAGGUGAAAAUGUAUACAAGAUCUCACUACUAGUUAGCUCACUACAGCUGCCUAUUUUAGGCUAUAGCCAUUGGCAAUAUAAAACCUAGAAAGUUAAAGCCUUUUUUCCACACAGGGCAUGAGGACGUGAAGAUCAGAAUGACGAAAACUUUAGGAGAGAUGGAAUUAACUGAUCAUAAUAAAUCAUCUCUGGUUGAAGAGGGUGUCUUAGAUUUACUUCUUGUCUUGAUCUCACGUGAUAACCUUGAAAUGAGAAUAGAAGCAAUUCGAGCCUUACUGAACCUUUCAAGCUUACGAAAGAAUGGCCAGGAGAUGAUAAGAAAAGGUGGUGUGCGUCCAUUGCUUGACAUUCUCUUAUGUCACACUUCAUCUCAAAGCUUGCGUGAACUUGUAGCUGCUGUUCUUGUGAAUCUUUCUCAAUCAACAACACUUCAAGAUUCAGGAGAAUCACAGGUUUUGAUGUUGGAAUCCGACGAGGACAUAUAUAAACUUUUUUCAUUAAUUAACUUAACAGGACCUGCUGUGCAGGUAAACGUUCUCCGGGUGUUAUAUGCCAUGUGCCUAUCUCCCUCUGGUACUACUGUCAGGGAAAAACUGAGACAGUUCUCAGCAGUGCUAGUGUUGAUUCGGUUAUGUGAGCUUGAUAAUCUUCAUUUACGAGCGAAUGCUGUUAAACUGUUAUAUUGCGUGACUGAAGAUAAUGAUGACGCUGCAAUCUUGGAGCACGUGGAACGGCCAUCAAUUGAAGUAUUGCUCAAAGUCAUGAAAACUUCUGAUGAUGAGGAAGAAAUUGCUUCUGCAAUGGGCAUUAUUGCUAACCUUCCUGAUCCCAUGCAAAUCUCUAAGUGGCUGUUGGAAUCAGGAGGUCCUCCUAUAAUUUUUCGUUUUCUUCGUGAUGGAAAGAAUAUUGGUCACCGAAAAAAUAAGUUGAUCGAGAAUGCUGUUGGAGCCAUAUGUCAUUUAACUGUUCAAACAAACCUGCAAUCACAGAAGAAAGUAGCCGAAGCUGGAAUCAUUCCAUUGUUAGUGCAGUUCUUAGAGGUGGGUACCUGUCUGACAAGAAAACGAGCUGCAAUAUCUCUUUGUCAGCUUUCAGUAAGUUCUCCUAGGCUUAGUAGGCAAAUUCCAAGGCAUCAGGGUUUUUGGUGCUUCUCUGCUACACCAGAGGCAGGUUGCCCUGUUCAUGGAGGAAUAUGUACAGUAGAAUCCUCAUUUUGUCUAAUAGAGGCUGGUGCAGUCGAACCACUUGUAAGAGUUCUAGGGGAGCCAGAACCUGGAGCCUGUGAAGCUGCUUUAGAUGCACUCCUGACUUUGAUUGAUAGCGAAAGGCUGCAGAGUGGUAGCAAGGUGCUCGUUGAAGCAAACACUUUACCUAUGAUGAUAAAAUUAAUUAGCAAUCCUCCUCCAAGAUUGCAGGAGAAGGUUCUUAGUUCUUUAGAAAGGAUUUUUCGACUGGUGGAAAUCAAACAAAAGUAUGGACCCUCGGCUCAAAUGCCUUUGAUUGAUUUGACACAAAGGGGAAACCACAGCUUGAGAUCUUUAGCUGCUAGGAUACUUGCUCAACUAAAUGUGCUUCAUGAUCAGUCCUCUUACUUUUAAAUGGAGAAUUAUCUAUCGAAUAUCUUACUUGUUAGUCUGGAUAAAGGGUUGGCUAUACUGAUCCCAUUCUCACUUCUGAAAGAAGUAUCGACUAGGAGUGAUACUUAUCCAUUCUCAGGCAUAGAAAUUCCAAUUUUAUAGGACUGAAGUCGUCCUCCCACUUCUGUUAAUGUCGCAGGUGUAAAUUUUUACUUGAUCUGUAGUUCAUUGUGCAUUCUUUUCAUUUAAAAGAAUCCUGAUUGUUUUAUUAGUGGUUGUAAAUUAUUACCUGAAGCUACUGCUGAUAGACUGCGUAGCGAAGCCGUGUUCCAGAAUUGUAGUGGGAGAAUUCUUUGUAAUAGAUAAAUAGUAUAUGUACUUCGAUAC